CAUCAGCAUCUCUAUGCGCCUUCUCACAUAUACAUGGGACGACGUAUUCUCGCUCAACCACACAAGUAAGCCACAUCAAAAUGGAGUCGACUCAUCUUCAUCUAGUGCGUCGCUUACUUUCUAUGUGAGGCUCCGAGAGUACCAUAAUGUUUAUGUUAAGACUCUAUUCCACUCGGUUACAACUGCUGAAUUAAAGUGAAACAAUGUCGCGAGCCUUGCCGUGUGAUCGACGUAAUUAGAUGUCGCAGAAAACGAAGUAUGAACAUCGUGGACGACGCCGAUGGGCCCCUGGAUCCCCGCAUUCAGAUCGAAUUGGAAAAUUUGAACAAUGCAACAGAUGAUAUAAACAAACUUGAAAUUGAAUUAGACGAAGCUAAUACUACUUAUGGUCAGUUACUCUCUGAAUCUACAAGUCGGUUAAAAGAAUUAAUGAAUAAAUUAGGAAGUGCUUGCAUUGAUAAAGCAAGAUGUUACUUUGAAGCAUGUGAAGUUGCACAUCAAGCUAGGUUGAAGUGUCAGCAGCAAGCACAGCUUUAUCAAAGAGCCAAUGUUGUACAUGCGGCAGCAAAGGAAACUGUUGCAUUAGCCGAAGCUCGUUUUAUGUCCCAUCAACACGAAUGGAACUUUGAUCAAGCAUGGCAGGAUAUGUUAAAUCAUGCAACGUUCAAGGUUAUGGAGGCAGAAAAUCAGAAAGCAGAAUGCGCUCGAGAACAUCACAAAAGAACAGUACUGUUUCACGAAGCAGAAAAAAAAGUACAGCAAUUAGAAGAAAAAUACCGUAGAUCAAUAAUCAAGGCACAACCAUAUUUUGAUUUAAAAUCUCAAUGCGACCAAAAACUAUCCAUACAAAAAGAAGUUGUCGAUUGUUUAAAGAAAGCAGUUAAGGAUGUAAAGUGUUCUUAUGCAUCAAGUCUUCAUGCCUUGGAAGAGAUUAGCAAUCAAAUUCAUGAAAAAAGAAGAGAUUAUGAUAUUGUAGUUAAUGGCCCACGAGAGCCUGGGGUUGGAGCAGAGCUAAUCACUCCGGAGGAAAGUUUAAAUUACGAAGAAGAACUCAAUAAAAUUAGAGUUAGUAGAGUAAAUUCAAUAGCGAGUAGCGAACAAGACGCUGAUGAUAGGAAUCAAGAUUUUGAAGAUAUUCAAGAUUUAAAGCAAAGAGUAGAUCAUUUGAAUGUAAGGUCUGUAGAUGGCAGCGAGUCAACUUCUACUCAAUGGGAAUUAGAAUUGCAGGCCAGUAUGGAGAAAUUAAAAAACUUGCCAUUUAGAGUCUCUGAAAGUGAUAAAACUGAUAGUGUAAAUAAAUGCGAUUUAAAAACCGUUGAAGUCACAAAGUAUACUAAAAGUAAUGAUAAUUUAGGAUCUAAUGAAAAAUUUGUAAAAAACGAUCGUCGAAAACAAUUUGACGAUAUUUAUCAGGGAUGGCAAUCUUUAACUCAGAGUCCUAUUAAUUCUAUAAUAAAUAAAUCGAAGAUUGCUUUCAAAAAUAGUAUCUCUAAAUCCCUGAGUAACAGUCCUGUCAACAUUGGAGCUUUUUCAUUUGGAAAAUCCAAAACUUUAAAUAUUCAAACUACAGCUGUAAGUAGUCAAUGUCAUACUGAUACUGCAAACAAAAUGUUACAACAACAUAAAGAAACUUUUAAUCUAAAUAAUAAAGACAGUGAAAUUGAAAAACAGUUUGAGGCCAGUAAUAAUGAUAAUCAAAAAGACUCUGUAAAUAAGGAACACUGCGAAAUACCUGAUAAAAAUUAUGAAUUAUCUACGCUAAUGGAAUCUCAAAAAAAAACAUCUCAAUUGUCUAUUAAUGAUACUCAAGUACAAAACAUAUCUAAAACUACUCAUAGUUUAGAUUCUACUCCUGUAAAAGUUAAGUCUUUAUCGUCGUCGACAUUUACAAAUUCAUUAAGUAACGAUUUAAAUCAUAGGAUUAAAUGUAUUCAAAAUGAUGUACAAUCAGAUUAUUCAUCAUCCAAAGCUAAGGAACUGCCAUUACUUUCAUUUUUUCAAAAAUCAUCCGUUUUGAAGUCGACGAAAGAUAAAAGUUGUAGUAUGAUCAAUCUUAAUGAAAAACAAAAUUUAAAAGCUCUUCUCGAUCAUUCUAAUUUAGGCAAUAUACAAGCAAUUAGCAUUGAAAAAUUAGCAAAUGCACGACAUAAAUUGGUUGGAGAUAGUUAAAUGUAAUUCGAUAUUUUUGAAAACAUAGGUGUUACAAUUGUGAUAUAAAUA